AUGGAGUCUUUAGAUGAUCGUGCUCGUCGAGCUGCUAGUGUUAUCUCCAUGGAUGACCUAGAGGCCGCUCAAGCGCUCGAGGGCCUUCGCUCCGAUUUCGGACAGUCACCUCGAGCGUCACGGCCGAAUAAUUCAACAAGUUCAGACCCUCCACAGCCUGAACCUCUUCUCUCCCUCCUAACUUCAUCCCAUCCACUUAUAUCCUCCGCCAUCAACGGAUCCGUAUCAGCAUACGCAACCUCAAAGUCAUACUCCGCGCGAUUCAAGUCCGGCGCUGAAUUCAUUGAGCGCAAUAUCGGGUCCCCAGUCGCGAAUACAGUUGGCACGGUGGGUCGCAAAACUGGAGUGGAGAGUGGUCUGCGCUGGGCGCUGCAACGACGUGAUUCUGCGCGGGACGCAACACAUUCCAGUAAGCGCCGCAAAGUAAACGCCCAGAUGGCACAGGAUAUGGAUGUGGAGAGAGGCCCAGAGGAAGUCGAGAACCAAACCAAAAGUCAAAGUCAACCGCGUACACGAAGUUCUUCUGACCUCUCGAUGACCGAGACACUUCCCCCAUAUGACGAUAUGCGAUCACCUCGUCUAACAUACUGCUUGACCUGGCUGCGCUGGGCAAACGGUCGACUCGGCAGGGCGAUUGUAGCGCUUCAGAAUGCGUUGACAGAGUGGGAUAGUCACAAGAAGAAUCAGUCGCAACAGAACGAUGAGGGUGGUGAUAGUUCAUCACUGCUAACACAGCGUAUCCAAGCAGUGAAAGCAGAUGUUCUCUCGACACUGAAACAGGUUGUUGAUGUAGUAUCGAAGUAUGCUGGUGGUGCGUUACCGGAGAACGCCCGCCAUCUAGUUCGACGCCAUUUGACAUCCCUCCCACACCGAUUCCAGAUGGCGAGCACAUCGCAGCCACCUCCUGGUUCCGUGGAAGCCUCCACAGAUGCCACAGUUGGCGCGCACCGCAUCCUGGUACUGGCUCACGAAGGUCUGGAUAUCCUCGGCCAGGUUAGUGGUGUCGUAAAUGAUACCCUUGUCAGCGCAGAGCACUGGUGCGACCGUCUUGGACGUAAGCGUCCUGACAAUAAAUCCGCACCGGAUGCGGAGAAACAGAACACGCCCGGUCCUAUGGAUGCUCAGCCGUAUCCUACGGAUAUCAAGCAGCCCAUUUUGACUGAGCCUGCGUCUGCUCCCCAGGAGGAUGUGCAGAUGGCAGGAACCGAGAAGGUCUGA